CCUCAAAAAGCACUUCACAAUGACUGCCGGCCUGGAGAAAGCUUGCCACCGGUGCAUAUCUAAAAUUGCCAGCAAUGCAUGCUUUAUAUUUGGGCUCCUCGCUUUCCUUGCCUUACCACUGUCCAUGACUUUUACAGGAAUGAAGUUUUUGGAAGAUUGCCCAGUUCAGCCACUAAUUCCAUUAUAUCUGUUGGUGGGUGGCGUGAUUGGCAGCUUAAAGGUGACUCUCCUGCUGUACGACUCAACCAGGAUGAGGCAGCUGCUUUCCAAGUCUGUUGUGAUUGAUGAUGAUGACGAGGAUGAAUAUCCCUGGAGGCAGAAUGCUCACAAGUACUACAUCCAUCUAACCCUCAGCCUUUUCCUCUUUCUCUGGUUCAUUCUAGGGAACUAUUGGGUUUUUUCUGUGUACCUGCCAAAUUUCAUCCCACCUUUCCAUCAGCCUCAGGAUUACUGUGACAAAACCCUGUACAUUUUUGCUGUUGGUAUUCUCAUUAUUAGCCAUACUGUUCUCUUUCUCCUUAUCUUUUGUAGCUGUUGCAUAUAUUGUUUUUCCAGACAAAGAUACUCUUCUGAGGAAGACUAAAUGCCACAUAAAUGAAGCCCCAGAUGUUUGGGAAAGAGUGUACAACAAAGAACAGGCAAUAAUUAAACCUUGUGUACAUCUUUGUUGUACUAUAUAUAUGUAUGAUAACAGUCAACUGCAAGAGGAAAUUGUAAAAUACAGUGCCAUCUGGAAAUAGCUGCGCUGGAAUACAGCAUAGUCAAUGUAAAAUUGCUGCUACAGAUGCCAGGGUGCACUCUUGCUAACUUCUACAUCCCUUUUUAAACUCUUGGAUAUUCUAUCUGGAGUAAGCUCUUGCAGACAGCAAACUCAUCUAAAACCAGGUCCCCUUAUGUUGUUUCAGCAUAGUACAUUUUUGCCUAUAAAGUAGCCACGUUGUUCCCUUCACUGGUAUCUGAACAUCUCUGCAGCCUUCUGAGGUAUGUUAUUGUCCCUGCAUUACAGAUGAGGGAGUUAAGAUAAAGAGAUAAAGGACUCUAUUCAGACCACCUUGUGUGGCGCAUGGACUUUCACAGUAAUUUAGAUGCUCACUAGAGAGCUCUUCAGGCCACUGUUAGACCAGCCAGUAAGGAGCUAUGACAGCAAUAUGAGCAUGUGUAAAAGGCAGCUGAAUAUGGCUCCCAUGUCUCUUCUAAACUUGGAUUAGAAAGCGUCUAUAUGUAAGUUUGGUGCUAAAAGAGCUAGUCUGAAUAUAUACAUAUAUAUCCAAUACAUUGAAACUGAACUAAGGCCACUUUGCAACUCUUUGGCAGAACAAGGAACUGAGCUACUGAGUAUCAGAUCAGUGCUUUAACCAGGGCUCAGCAUUCCCCAAUCUGGGAAGAUUCCUCUUCUCUGCUUUUGUAUAGCAGUAAUUUGACAGUACCACACCAACACAAAGAUGGUUGUCAAACCAUUGCAAUCAAGUUCAUAGAAAACCUGAUGAUGUUAUGUUGGUAUUUUAAAUAUAAAACAUGAUAAUAAGACAUGGGCGGGAUGUGAGAAUUUCAGGCGGAUGUGUUCACUACAGCAGUUCUCUGGUUGUGGUGUGGGUGUACGUUUGAUUUGUUCACCUUGGUGCUGUACAUAUGGAAAUCUAUACUUAAUGGACCAAUGUAAUGCAAACAGCUUUUAAGUCAAAGCAGUGUCAGCUUUAAAAGCACCAGCAUGCACAGAGACAAUUGUUUUGUGACAUGUGAUGGAACAAACUGGUCCUGGCAGAUUGUUUUUUUUUUUCAUGUAUUGAUGAAUGCAGUGUAAAAGUGCUCUUUCUGCUUUUGCUUUUAUACACUUCUAUUAAUACAGUCAAAAUGGAGGGGCUCCCUUCUAUACAAACACGAGGGUGGCCCCAGGCACAGGAAGAGGAUGUGUGUUUGGGGUAUUUUUUUCUGUUAAAACCCACACAGCUGAAACCUAUGUUUUAGAGAAACCUAAGAGAGUUAUACGAUGCCUGUGGAAGGGUGAGAUCUGUGAAAGAACCUCAACAAUACACCACAGCUGAACAGGCUCUGCUCAGCCAUCCUUCCUGGGAGGUGAACACAGUGUAACAUCUGUGGGAACACCUGUCUUCAACCAUGAACAUUUAUCUCAAGGGCUAUUGUAGAGAUAACUAAGGGUGCAUUUGGUCAUACAGAUUUUAAUUCAGGCCCUGGCUUUAAGAAUUGUUUAUUUCCAGAAAACUAUGCUUAGAAAGAAGGUAAGAUAAAGGGUGAAAUAAUCUGACAAGAGGGCAGCAUCAGUGUAGCCUUCCCCUGCUCGGCAGCAGCCACUCAGGAGGAGUCACAGUCAGGGUGUCCCUGCUCAGAAAUCCAUGAAAUGGGAAUUACUAACACUGCUGGCUGACUUAGGCCAUGAACAGUUGUGUGUAGGGAGAUAUGACCGAUGGAAAUCUUUCCUUUUAUUCAUGGGCUUCAGAUUGUGUCUGGGAAAAAACACUGGCUAUGUUUUCCCAAGAACUGCUCCACCCCACACUCUCCACUGCCUCUCUAAAGGUACUACACAUUUCUGAAACAUAACUUCUGCCAAUGGUGGAAUGCUAGAAUUCCUCCUUCCCAACCCAAAUACUUCACUGGCUCAGCACUUUGGCUCCUGGAUUUCAGUGUUCAGUUCUGAACUGAUCUAAGUGAUUUUACCUUUAGUGGAGAGCAUCUUUCAUUCAUUAAGAUGCCAAAGUGUUUAAGAAAUUGCCUAUCAACAGGAAUAACUCCAUCCAUCACUCAAAUGCAACAAAACAGCUGUUCAUCAUUACAUGUGAACUUUACCCAAAAGCUUGGAACAGGCAUAAAAACCAAAAUUAUACUCAGCUGAUAAUGCAAAAGUAAUUUAACAAGAAAGUAGCUACACACACUCCACCCAUAAGACUCCAGUACAAACUCCUCUGUUAUUGCAAAAUGCUGCUAGAAUCAUUCUUGAUCACAAAGAAUUAAGGGCUCACACUCCUGAUUAAGCCUGAAUCAAUUCCCAUGUCACUGCACAUCCAGUGACUUUGCAGCAUGUGAUGAUGUGUGUGCUCCUGUCUAAGCAAAUAUGAGGUGGUUUUAGUUCCACCCGGAGGAGAAGAGAUGUAAGCUAAGUCACAUCGCCUUGCGCUUUCUGUGUGCUGGUGUGAGCAUAGUUACAGCAGCUCAGCAGAUGUGCAAUGAUUUAUCAAACUUCAGCCACACAACGGUAAGCCUGAGGCCUACAUCUCAUUCAUGGGAGGCUAAGACUGACUGAUUCUCUGCAGUCUACCAUGGAGGCUUAAUUCUUUAACUAUGAGAACCCAGUGCAUUCACUGACAUCUUGGGAAAGUGCUGCCAAAUCACAGCAUUAGCACUCAGUACCUGGUUGGCACAAAUGCAAAAUGAUAGAGGAGAUAUUAAUGAAGCAAAAGGCAUUUGUGAAAUACUUUGAAGUUAAACAGAGUAAACAAAAAGCUUUCUUAGGACUGGGAGAGGAAAAUUCUGAAUUGAUAGUAUUUACCUUUACUUGUGUACAUCAGUAAUCUAAGGCACAUGCAAGUGUGAACAUCAACACCUCCAAAAUUGUUGGAGCCAUCAAUUCUGUAUCCAGAGAGAUCUGAGCAUGCCUUCUGCUCUUUCACUGUUGCUGCCUCCUUCAGCAACCUGGGAUUAUACAGGUUCGGAGCAGGGACGCCUGGUUUUGGGCAUAUGAUUAAAUACACUUACUUACAGUGACCUACUAAGUUACCGCUCCUCUCCUGAACCACCAUCAGCAGAGUAGUUUCUCUUGAGUUGCUCCAAUGGCUAAAUAAAGCACUCAGCUUAAACCCAAGUGAAAGUAGUUUAAUUGAGGCACAUUAUCUCUCUUUGGGGAAAGCUAGGGGCGUGUGCAUGGUCCACAGAACCUUAAUGUGCAAAUAGCAACUUUUUAAAUUGCCACAAACUGAUGGCGUCCCGGACAUAUGUUCAGUCCCAGGAGAAGUAGGCACAUUUCCUCAGCAAACAGCUGUGGGGGAAUUAAGUCAUUACAGCCCAAAGGUCAAAUAGCUGAAAAUACAAUCUACACCUUGGUAUUAAAAUGUUUAAUAUUUUGCCACUAGAUCAGAAUUACAAAUUGGAAAUGUUCUCUUUUUUUCACAGUAAUAUAAAUGUCUUCUGGAAAUUGAACAAAAUGCCCCCUUAAGCUAAUUAUUAUGAACUCAGAAAUGCGUUAACUACAAUGCAGGGAACCAACUGUAACUGUUCCUGUUAAAUCAUCAUCCCUUCUUGAGAAACAGAGGUCUGUUUUGAGCUUUUAAAUGAAAAAAUAUACAUUAUUUCAAUGGAUUAGGUAGCCUGCUCACUGCUAGUUGUGGGUACCACAGAAAUCUAAUAAUAUAAAGACAGAAAGACAUUUCUGCAUGCACACAGAGACUCUAGACAGACACAUACCACAAAUGCAAUGGUAGCAGCCAUGAAAUAAAUCACAUUUAUUAGAGUUUAUUGCCCAUGGUAAUAUUUCUCCUCCCACUACUCCACCUCCUGUAGCAAUGGGCAUAAUAUUCCAAAGCUCUAGGGAGCAGCUUCCCACAGCUGUUUUAAAAGCUGCAGCCAGACAGAAAAAUGUUUUGUUCCUUCAUUCCAAACGUUGAACACAGACAGCUCCCACCUGCUGACCCAAAGAAGAGAGGAAAGAUGAGCAUCAGACGAUUCACAGACCUCACCUCCUCAGGAGCAGAAACAGGAGCGUUAUGCUGUUGGAGAAGAGGAGUAGACCUCUCUCACAUAGCACUUGCUCUGAUCUUUAUGAAGUCCCAAGACAUCAGACUUUAAAACUACAAGGUGACUGUGCAGAAAAAAAAUAAAGAAUAACCAGAAGCUGUUCUAGGUUAUGUCAAGAGCUGUUUUGGAUGCCUCAGAUGC